AUGAUUUUACCAGGAGCGCUUCUGUUCUUUUUGGGAACAUUAGUGUCUGCCAGCCCAUUCCUGCCAUCUCUGCCAACGGAGAUAGUAGUAAAUAAACACAAACAUGAAUUACCUGAUAAAGUAAAGAUUUUGUCAUCUUCGAGUGGUUCAGCUUUAAUAGAAAAUUACAUUCAACAAGGGACCAAUAUUUUCUUCAAGCCGCAAUUCUUAUUAUCGUCAGACAAAUUACCACCGCAACUGCAACCUAUUAUCGCUGCUAUUGAAAAAGAUGAUUGUAAAAAAGCUUACCCUUUAGUUACUCCUGUGGUAAUUGAUGAACCACUUCGUGUAGUAGAAAAGGAAAUCAGUGAAUUUGGUACCGAAAUUGAACAUAUAACAGAAGUCAAGCCAGCACCAUAUGUUGAUGUACCCAAACCAGUUGCACCAGUAAUAAUGGAAGAUAUCAAACCACUGAUUAUCUCAGAACUACCAAAACCACCGCAUCCUGAACUUGCACUAAUCGUAAAAGAACCAUUAAUGCAUCACUUUGUUACGGAUAUCAAAGAAGAGAUUCCUCCAGCGCCCAUACUACCACCAAUCGAACUUCCAAAAUUACCAGUAUUAUUCGAAGAAGCUCCACCAAAACCUGUUUUAGUGGAAAUUGAAGAAGAACAAGAAAUUAAAGUACCGGUGGUGAUUCCUCCUGGUCCAGUUUUACCACCAAUGGAGAUGCCAAAAUUACCCGUAUUAUUCGAAGAAGCUCAACCAAAACCUGAUUUGGUGGAAAUUGAAGAAGAAAAGGAAAUUAAAGUACCGGUAGUGAUUCCUCCUGGCCCAGUUUUACCACCAAUGGAGAUGCCAAAAUUACCUGUAUUAGUUGAAGAAAUUCCGCUGCCACAUGAGGACCAUCCUGUUUCACCCAUCAUUGUUAAAGAAGAGGAGCCGGAACAUAUCGAAGAACUAGUUGUAGUCCCUCCUGCUCCUAUAUUGCCUCCAAUUGAGUUGCCAAAGUUACCUGUUGUGUUAGAAGAAACCCCAUUAAUUCAUGAAUUACCAUCGCCUGUCAUCGUUGAAAAAGUCGAAGAGCAUAUACAAAAUAUACCACCUGCACCAGUACUGCUGCCUUUAGAAGUGCCAAAAGUAUCAGUAGUAAUGGAGGAACAUAACAUUGAGUCUACAAAAGUUGAGGUUCCUUGUGAACCAGAAAAACCAAAAGUAGUAAUUCAUGAGAUGCAACAUCCCAUAUACAUUGAACAAAAUCGUUUCCUUCUUCCUGCAAUGCCACAUACUGAAACAUCAAAAUUUACUGUGGAAAUUCCUAGAGUACCAUCUCUAAUUUCUUCAAUUCCAGAUUUCAAUAAGAAUAAACACUGUGUAGAUGAUAUAGUAGUAGAACGCAUAUUACCUAAAAUGAGAAAGGAUAUUAUAUAUGAAAGGUCAGGUCCAUAUUUAACUCCUUUCUUAUAAAACAUAUGCCUAUUAUGUCAUUUUAUUAGCAAAUUAAUUUAAAAGUAGGUAAUUCAAAUUAAUAAAUAAUAUUACAAUUUUAAGUAUUUUUUUCUAUACUUAUUAAAUAACCCUAUUAAACUAUGUUUCAUCAUCAUCAGCCUAUUACAAUCACUAAUACUGAGAUACAGCUCAUCCCUAUGGAUAGA